CGACAAGGGCCGAUGAGUGGGAAAAGGUGGUUUCAAGAGGGGGAAGGGCUAACCAUUCGGUAGCAAAUGCUGGUAACCCGUCGCAAGGUCAAGAUCAGUCGGUUAAUCCCGUCCAGUCGACCGAGGGCCUUGCACCUUGCACGACGAACGAUCUCUCCACUUGUUCGCACUCUUGUAUAUAUACGUUUACGUGUAAUUUUGCACCCGGUAUACGCCGCAAGACGUAUUAACGCGCAAUUAACAAUCGACGACACGGCUCUUGGAAAUUAACUGGAUCGGGACUCUGGAGAACAUUCGGGUACUGAAGUUCUAAAUGUCAAUUUUAAAGUUGUAAAUGUGCCGGAGACUUUUUUAUUAGCAAUGGACUUGUUCGACACACCAUGCACUAAAAGAAUCUAAUGUUUCGUAAAAACAACAUAGUAUAAAUGUAUCUUGUUCUUUUUCCGCUGAGAAAUAUCCUUUUAGCGAUUUGUUAACGCAAGCACACACGAAUGUACAUAAAAUAAUUAUUCACAAAGUGGAGAUAUUGCUGUGGUGGAUUCCCAAAAUAUACUCUUCACGCGGGUCUCUGUUAUGGAAACUUGCGUCUUAAUACCUAAAGAAUUCUCUCUGGUCCUCACAAACGAUCAGUCAUCGUGUAAGAAUCUCUUCAAAAAUGACUCGGCUACAUUGGUCACAGAUGUAAGAAUUUCGGUAUGGUCGAAUGUGUUUAUCCCAUCGGGAACUUUGAUUUACCCGUUUCAAGGAUCAAUCAGAUUCGACAAGAUUGAUCUUUACUCUCUCCUCGAUGACAAUGACAUCAGACGCGAAUACGGCUGUUACGACGAAGUCUUCUUCUCCAACUACAAUCUUAACAAGCGUCAGUGCAAUUGGAUAAGGUUUCUUUGUAUCGUUCAGUCGUAUAAUGAGCAAGUUAAUCUGAUCGGUACAAAGGUGAAAGGUGAACCUAUAUUUGAAGUAAUAAAGGAUGUUCAACCGGACACAGAACUAGUGGCUUGGUUUCUACCAGUAACACAGCAGGAUUUCGUUAUCAUCUCGCACGACAUGUGCUCCAGAUCGGCUAUCUAUAGAUGUACGAUCGACUCUAUCUUAGACGAAUCCCCGUUGGACUUAUCGAUGACGUUACUUGCUCAUCAUUCUCUGCCACCGAUAUCACACUCCUAUUACGAGGUAGAUGAAUACGAAUCGACAUCCGAGGAAUCCUCAUCGUCAACGUUGUCGUUGGCCAGUGAUCACCUCGAUUGCAGCAUCUUGACGACAAUUAAGAGAGUGGAAAGAGUUUUAUUGCCCUGCGAAGUCUGCGGCAAAUCCUUCGACCGGCCGUCUCUUUUGAAACGACAUAUGAGAACGCACACAGGAGAGAAACCGCAUGUCUGCAUGGUGUGCAACAAGGGUUUCUCAACCUCGAGCUCGCUGAACACGCAUAAACGCAUCCACAGUGGUGAAAAACCUCAUCAGUGUCUUGUCUGCGGUAAGAAGUUCACAGCCUCGUCGAAUCUCUACUAUCAUCGGAUGACUCAUAUCAAAGAGAAGCCACACAAAUGUUCGCAAUGUUCAAAAUCAUGCCCUACACCGGGUGACCUGAAAAGCCACAUGUACGUGCAUAAUGGGCUCUGGCCAUUCAGAUGUCACAUUUGCAGCCGCGGCUUCAGUAAACCGACCAACUUGAAGAAUCACAUGCUACUUCAUCUAGGUAGAUGCUCCAAUAAGAAGUACAUCAAGUCUAUUUCCGACUUGUGACUGACAUGAAUAUUGUAUGACAAAUCUCGUGAAAGCUUCGACAACACGAUUUAAAGAUUGCUGGUAUAGACGUAUACACACGUGCCAUUCUUGGUCAAAUAUGUAAUUGUAAAAAAAGACGAUCAUAAGCAAUAUUACCUAGUGUUAUGACUGAUUUAGAUUACAUUAUGUAAAAGCACACACUUGUCCAAUAAUGUAAAUUUUUUGUCAAAGAUGUUUUUAGUUAUUUGAUAAUUAAUAUUAUAAUAUUAUAAUUAUUUAAUCGCGUAAUUAAUAUAUUAUUUCUUUAAGUGUGGAUACAGCGUUUAUAUCGAAAAAGUUCUUCUUAAGCGUAAUGUACUUUGGAUUUUACCCAAUGGAUACGAUAUAAUAAUGCUACAAUAACCAAUCAGGAUAAACCUGUAUUGCUUCAAUUGUUUCUAUUUCCAUUGUUUUUCCAUAAAUUUAAUCAUUAAAAAAUAUCCUGUAAGAAGAUAUUGUUAACAAGCUUUUCUCAUUAUGUAAGUUGAUUUUAUCAUCUUUAGUCAUCCAAAAUUUUAUCUUAUCUUUAUUAUUUAUUUAGGUAUUAUUUAAAAUUAAUCUUUAAAAAUUGAGUGGUUUCUUUGAUGACCUAUUUAGUUUUCAACUUAAAAUUGUAAUUUAAAUAUAUACUAAAGUAAUAUUUGAAAAAAAGGUGAAACCAGUUUAGAGCUUACAAUUUUAAAAAGUUCGGUAUCUAAAGGUUAAUUUGAUAUAAUAUUGAGAGAACAAAUAAGCCACUUUGUACAAACAUAAAAGUUCUUCGUGACAUGAAGGGCGCAAGUUGCCUUUUUCAUAAUAAUCAUAAGCAAUAAUUAAAGAUACUGUGUCAGAUAUUUUAAGAAAUGUACUUAUAUAGUA